GAGGCGGGCGGGGGAGGACUCGGUCCGUGUUGGCCGGUACUGCCGUGGGGUAAGAAGCCUCUCAUCCAGAGCGGUGGGUAACGUCCAGCUCUCGCUUACCGGCAAGGUGCGGGGCUGAGACUUAUGUAGUUAGGAAGAGCUGACUGCUAAAGAGAAAAUGACGUCUCUAGAAAAAGUUGAUGAUGCCUCAUCACCCAUCCGAGGACCUGGAGAUGGCAUGGAAACAGAGCAGACAGCUGCAUCAGUGGAAGUAAUCACUGGAGCCAACACUACGAACCAUCACAUCCACCACAGCCCACAUAAAAAAGCAGUCUCCUCCCUGAGUCCCGGAGUUCUGCAGCUAGGGAAAGUACCUGCUGAUAAAUCAGUGGAGAUUGAAGCUAUUCGUAUAUUAGUCCCCAAAGCAGCUAUCACCCAUGUUGUUCCAACUAAAAAUGCUAAGGUAGCUAAAUCAGUGGGACAUAAAGGAGACACGUUCCAUCAGUCGGAUGGAGCCGCAGAUCCCAAGAAAGAACAGAUAGAGCUGAAAAAUGCAAUCGAAAAGCUAAAGAAUUCAGAAAAGCGAUUGUUACAGGAUAAAGAAGGUCUCUCUAAUCAGCUGCGUGUACAGACAGAGGUGAAUCGGGAGCUGAAGAAAUUACUUGUUGCUUCUGUUGGGGAUGAUCUGCAGUAUCACUUUGAACGGAUGGCUCGUGAGAAAAAUCAGCUAAUCCUAGAAAAUGAAGUCCUGGGCCGGAAUAUGUCUCAGUUGUCUGAACAAUUAGAGCGCAUGUCUAUACAAUGUGAUGUGUGGCGAAGCAAAUUCCUAGCAAGCAGGGUUAUGGCUGAUGAGCUAACCAAUACCAGAGCAAUUCUUCAGCGUCAAACCAGGGAUGCACAAAGUGCAAUCCAGGACUUGCUGAAUGAACGCGAUCAGUUCCGUCAAGAGAUGAUUGAUACACAGAAGCUGCUGGAGGAGCUGAUGGUUUCUCUUCAAUGGGGGAGACAACAGACAUACUAUCCUAGUGCCCAGCCUUACACUACAACAGAGCUAGCAGCGGUGAAUUGUAAGCUAGCCAAAGCUGUAAGCUCGCAUCUUCUUGGAAAUGUUGGCACUAACAGUCCAAAGAAGGCUUCAACAGCUGUAGAGUUUUGCAAUACCCCUGCUGAGAAAAUGGCUGAAAUGGUGCUACGUGUACUGGAUCCAGCUGCACGUACAGAAACAUCGACAGAAGUUUCUUUUUCUGAGACUUCUCCAUCCUCCUUCCUUUCCACAAAGAAGAAUAUUGGAAGGUUUCACCCAUAUACAAGAUAUGAAGAUGUAACUUUCAAUUGUUGCAAUCACUGUCAAGGAGAGCUGAUAGCCCUUUAAAAACACAGCCAAUGCAACUGCAUGUGCAGUCUUUCUGAAGAAUUACACUAGUUGAUGCUCAGCAGGCCUCCAUUUUUCCUGUUUCUUUCCAUAAUGGGUGGGUUUAACAUUGGAAAUGAUGCUGUUUCUGCUUUUUUACCCCUUGAAGUUAGGGAUUGAUGGGAUUUCCUUAGCCUCUGGGAUACUUCUACUACUUUUCAGUCUGGAAAGCUACUUAUUUUCUUCUACAAAGGCACGAUCAAAAACUUUGUGCUGGUCCAAUUUGUAGACCAUAGAGAUGCCCUUGACUAUUUAAGGUUUACAGUCUUAUUAGCAAAUCUCAAUGAAUUUCUCUUUAGAGGGAGACAAAAGCAUAACUAUACCAAAGUAAAUGAAGUGCUGAUAGGUAAUGUUUUUAAAAAAAAAAAAAAAAAAAAAAAAAGGAAAAUGGUCAGCUCCAUGCUUUUUUUUAAUCUUAGCCAAGGUGAUGAACUGUCCCCAAGUCUAUGUUCAGCCUUUUAAAUUUAGUAAUAAAAAGGAGUAUGUGCAAUGAUUCUUCAUAGCUGUAAAAGUUCUGAAAGUAAGAGCAUAUGCAGUGUUGUAGCCCUCCUGGCAAGAAAGGGAAAGAGCUUGAAUGAACUCUAGCUAUAAUAUAUAAAUAGUAACUGGUUUUAAAUGGAAAACUGUGCGGGGUGAGAUUAUUCUUGUGUUUCCCUAAGGCUAAAAUAAUGGCUUUUCCAUCUAUUUCAGCUUCUAGAGUGAAGCUGUUGUAUAGCUGAUCCUCAGCAAAGACAGACUGAUAUACCUCCUUUAGUACAUAGUGUUGAAACCUGACCUAGCAUUAGAACUCGGUCCUUGCCCAAGAUCUUCCUGGGUGUUAUGGGAAGCUGAAGAUAAGCACUAAGUUUGCACAGAUACUGGUAAAAAAAAUAUAUAUUUUUUUACUUGUAUGGUUUUAUAAUCUUAAUGUAGGUUUGAAGAGAACUUCUAGCAGAUAAUCUGCUAAAUCCAAAGAAGCCUAUUUAAGUUGCAAAUGUAAAGAGGAAAGGUAGGAGGAUGCAAAUAUGCAUUUUAAUUUCUUAGUUUCACUGCCAAAUUUAUCGUAUAUAGUUGUCUAGUUUGGGGAAAGGGUUUCUGAAAUGGUUGCUUGUACCCUGUUUUCCUCUGAAUCACAUACCAUGAUCAGAAUAUAUAAGUUAGAAGUUCUUGCUGUUGCUGGCCAUGCUUUGGUUUGCAUGAAGAAAGCUACAAUAAACUUUCUUUGCUUGCUUUCAAGUUGCAAUUUUGGAUUUAAUAUAGCUGUAUUUCUGACCUUGUCUCUGCAGCAUAAAAGGAACUAUAUGGCAUUGAACUGUAAAACCCUUCACUCUACUGGUCUGACGUAAUGAAGAAAGCAGCACUUCUUUUUGUAGCUUACUACAGUUAGGGAGAUAGCGUGAACAUUUGCCAACUUUCCCCCUGCAUUUGCUUGCUAGAUACAAGAAGCAUUUCUUGCCCUUGGUGUUGGGGGAAGGUAUAGGAAGGAGGAAGGCACCUGUUGUUACUCAUGUUUCUCAGUAGCAUGUGAAAUUUUCAUUUUGCAUCCAUGCCCUUUAUCUAUGCUGGCAAAAGCUGCAACACAGCACCCUCCAGUCAGACACCAG